AGGGAAGGGAACCUGCCCUGGUCACACAGCAGCUGCAGGGGCCUGACUGUCUGCAGGGGAAGCUGGCCCUGCAGGGCUGUAAGCACCCUCCUCCCAGGUUGCAUGGCCCGGGCCUGGCUGGGGCCUGGCUCCAGCCCGGGGCUGUGGGUGGGCAGACACAGGCCCCUCCCCGUCUCCAGGGCCACCUUCCUUAGCAACCAUCUUGGCAACAGGAUGCAAAGCGUGGGUGGGGCCGAGCCAGCAGGACUGCACUCAACACUGGCCAGCUGCCCAGGGCGCUGUUCCAGCAUGGACACCGUGGAGGCCAUCAUGGAGAAGCUGCGAGCACAGUGUCUAGCCCGGGGGCCUUCAGGCAUCCAGGGCCUGGCCAGGUUCUUCCGCCGCCUGGAUCGGGAUGGGAGUGGCGCCCUGGACGUGGCGGAGCUGCAGCGGGGCCUGGUUGCGCUGGGGCUGGUGCUGGCACCAGCAGAGGCCGAGGCCGUGUGUAGGAACUGGGACCGUGAUGGCAGUGGGACACUGGACCUGGAGGAGUUCCUGCGGGCCCUGCGGCCCCCCAUGUCCCAGGCCCGGGAGGCAGUGGUGGCGGCUGCUUUUGCCAAGCUAGAUCGCAGCGGGGAUGGCGUGGUGACUGUGGAUGACCUCCGUGGGGUGUAUAGUGGCCGCGGCCACCCCAAGGUGCGCAGUGGGGAGUGGACCGAGGAGGAGGUGCUGUGCCGCUUUCUUGACAACUUCGAUGCCCAUGACAAGGAUGGGCAGGUCACCUUGGCGGAAUUCCAGGACUACUACAGUGGGCUCAGCGCCUCUGUGGACACAGACGAGGAGUUCGUGGCCAUGGUGACCAGUGCCUGGCGGCUCUGAUUGGCAGGCCCAGGACCUCCAGGGCCCCCAUCUGCCCAGGUGGCCCAGGGCAAAGCCCAAGGGGACAUAGUGGGAGGGGGCUGGGCAGCGAGCUGAAGAACCGGCCAGACCAGGUCUCCUGCUGGGCCGGACCGAGGCGAGGCUCAGGGCCCAGUCCCAGGGGCGCUGCCCUCCCUUCCCGGCCCCCACAGCCCACAGGGAGCCAGGCGGGCGGGAGGUCUGGGCAGAGGUCCGCUGGGGGCCACGGGGUCACCUGGCCAGGCCCUCGCUUCACUUCCCGAGGCCCCUGGAGCAUGCGGGAGGCCAGGUUUAGUUAAAAGUUUUAAUGUAGUUCCCAAAUACAUUUCAUAUGACGCUCUUACAGAAAUGUUCCAAAACACA